AUGACGAAUUAUCUGUUAUCUUUGGUCAACAUCUAUUUGUUACAUUGUCUUGAUCAAUUUAUCUAUAUCAAUCCAAUCGAAACGUACGUCAUACGUGGUCAACCGUUUCAAGAACCUGAACCUCAGUUACCUAAUCAACCUAUUGUCAACUUGAUAACUGAAUUUUUGUAUGACACUUUCGCUUCGUUCACCACCAACAAUGAACCGUUCGAUCUCAAUAUCCCAGAAACAAUCAUUUCAUAUCAAGCAGCUGUACAUCGCGUUUGGAAUGACUUAUUUCCACUCAAGGGAAAUCGUGGUGUCCUAGAUACAGUCUACUUGCAAAGAAAUGUUGGCUCUCUCGUCCUUGUCCUCCUUGAAAUUUUCAAUUCUUCCUCGACCAAAGUCGCAACGGCGUUUAAUCCUGAAGAUAUCAACCGUAUGUCUGGUCAUGAAGGCAACCUGGAUAAUACUGAUGGUCCAUCCUUUCAAAAAGCAAAUCAAAUAUUCUACGAUGCCUUUCGAUUCGACCGUAUGUCUGGCCAUGGAGGCAACCUGGAUAAUACUGAUGGUCCAUCCUUUCAAAAAGCAAAUCAAAUAUUCUACGAUGCCUUUCGAUUCGACAAGUUUGGGUUGUUCAGGUUGGCAAUUCGAGUGGUACUCAAGAUCAUGGAUUUCUAUCGAUUAGCCAUUCCCGGGAAGAAGUCGAUUGAAAGCAUUAUGUUUUUAUUAAUCAAAAUUCUUACGUUUCGUCUCGUUACUUAUUACGACUUACAACAAGCACAAUUUGAACGGUAUACUUUGUAUCGACAUGGCAUUAUGGACAAUUUGGAAGCCAGAUUUGCAUUGAUCGCACUUGCUAGAACAUCAACAGGUCUUGAACAAAACGCUAUCCUUGCAGUCGAAUCCUUACUCCCAGCGAUGAAGGAUUUUGAUCUUUCUCACAUAUCUGAAAUGCACUUGACAGCGUCCUAUAUUCACCCUUUGAUGCAAUGCCUCCUUUGAUGCAAAGCCUACUAGCCAUCACCAGUCCCAACAAGGUACCUUAUUGGUAAGAAUCGACCGCUCUCGACUUUGAUGGUCAGUUGUUUUGGUAACCAUGUUUAUUCGUUAUAUUUUAGUUCAAACACUCUCUCCCUUGAAGACAACAACAGUGAAAAGAGACCUGAUUACGUUGUGGACAUCUAUAACCGAUAUCAUUACAUGCAUCCGAGCUGCUACAGUGAAAUAAAGGUUGUCGUAUCUAGACUGAUAUUUUGUGCAACUAAAAUAUCCCAGCUUCUUGUCAUUUAAGAUUGGAUUAGGAUAGUUUUUUUCUCUUUUCUUUUCUUUCAUUCAAUUCUAAUUGAAAUAAAACGCUACCAAGAGUCUCA